AUGAGGCUAAUUCAACAAACCAAGAUGAAUACAAUGAAUAAUUUUGAUAAGAUAUGUUUUGCCCAUAUCGAAGACAGAUCGGCUGUAUUGUCUUUUUAGAAGCUCAUUUAGAAUUAAGUAUCAUAUUCAUAGAAAUAAAAUAGGGAUAGAGGAUGCAAAGCUAAGAGAAAACAUAUAAAACUAUAUUUGUUUUUGUUGAAAAGAAAAUAAAAAUGAUAUAUGACUGA